UUCCCGUGCACGGAGGGCCGGAGACCGGCCCCACCGCUGGAACUACUGAAAUAUUUGAUUCUUUGGCUAAAAGCUUCCUGCAUAGACCAUAAAACCGAUUAUAAGUGACCAGUACCAUGUGUAGCUUAUCAUAACAAGAGCCGGGUGUGGUUUACUCGUCGCUCCAGCCGCGCCUUUUCCUGCCAAGGCGGAAAGGCUGCGCGUGAGGACGGCGGGUCAGCUGACAGCUAGCGGAGCACCAGAAGGAAGGAGCGGAAUUAGCGGGUGUGUGGACUGGGAGCCUGCUGGAUCCUGACACAAGCUACGUGAGGCCAGAGAGAGGAACGCAAACGGGUGGCGUUCGUGAGAGAACUUGGGCGGGGUUUGGAUUCACCAUGGACAGUUGGGACUGAGAAGCAGCCACAAUGAUUGGAGGACUGUUCAUCUACAACCACAAGGGGGAGGUCCUCAUCUCCCGAGUCUACCGAGAUGAUAUAGGGCGCAACGCGGUGGACGCCUUCCGUGUGAACGUGAUCCACGCCCGCCAGCAGGUCCGAUCCCCAGUGACCAACAUCGCCCGCACCAGCUUUUUCCAUGUCAAGCGUUCCAACAUCUGGCUGGCAGCGGUCACCAAGCAGAAUGUCAACGCCGCCAUGGUGUUCGAGUUCCUUUACAAGAUGUGCGACGUCAUGACGGCCUACUUUGGAAAGAUCAGCGAGGAGAACAUCAAGAACAACUUUGUGCUCAUCUACGAGCUGUUGGAUGAGAUCCUGGACUUUGGCUACCCCCAGAACUCAGAGACUGGAGCUCUGAAGACCUUCAUCACCCAGCAGGGCAUUAAGGGACAGCACCAGACAAAAGAGGAGCAGUCUCAGAUCACCAGCCAGGUGACAGGACAGAUCGGCUGGCGUCGAGAGGGUAUUAAAUAUCGCCGCAAUGAGCUUUUUCUGGAUGUCCUGGAGAGUGUCAACCUGCUCAUGUCACCUCAAGGCCAGGUCCUGAGCGCCCACGUGUCGGGUCGGGUAGUGAUGAAGAGCUAUCUAAGCGGGAUGCCAGAGUGUAAAUUUGGCAUGAACGACAAGAUUGUCAUCGACAAGCAGGGCAAGGGAGGAGCGUCCGACGACGCAGGGAAGAGUGAUUUAGGGGGAGGAAGUGGGAAGCAGUCCAUUGCCAUCGACGACUGUACUUUCCACCAGUGUGUGCGCCUCAGUAAGUUUGACUCUGAGCGUAGCAUCAGCUUCAUCCCCCCUGAUGGAGAGUAUGAGCUCAUGAGGUACCGGACCACUAAAGACAUCAUCCUGCCGUUCCGAGUAAUUCCUCUGGUUAGGGAGGUGGGCCGCACUAAACUGGAGGUUAAAGUGGUCAUCAAGUCCAACUUUAAACCCUCACUGCUGGCUCAGAAGAUUGAGGUUCGCAUCCCAACUCCCCUCAAUACUAGUGGUGUACAGGUGAUUUGUAUGAAGGGAAAAGCAAAGUACAAGGCCAGUGAGAACGCCAUAGUGUGGAAGAUCAAGCGCAUGGCUGGGAUGAAGGAGUCUCAGAUCAGUGCUGAGAUCGAGCUGCUGCCCACCAAUGAUAAAAAGAAAUGGGCCAGGCCUCCAAUCUCUAUGAACUUUGAGGUUCCUUUUGCACCGUCUGGUCUGAAGGUGCGCUACUUGAAGGUGUUUGAGUCCAAGCUCAACUACAGUGACCACGACGUUAUAAAAUGGGUGCGGUACAUCGGCCGCUCCGGCAUCUAUGAAACCCGCUGCUAAAGUUCAACCCUAACCGGCAGCGAACUUACCACUUUCCUCCCAUUUAUCCUGUUAAGAUUUUUUUCUCCUCUUCCUCCUUUGUCUCUACCCUCCCAACAAACCCUUUAUAGCUUCUCUCGUACAACCCCACCUCCACCCUCUCCCCCUCCCUAAAUAGGUGUCGGAGACUGAAUUUACAUCGUUUAAAAAAAGAAAAUAUGGUAUAUUGCACAGAUAUAUGCAAAAUGUGAACCAUUGUAUCGUAUAUAUCUCGUAGUGAUGAGUAAACCUGUAAACCAACUGGUGUCUGAGAGUAAGACGAGUGAUGUGAGGGGGGGGCCAGGGGGAGAGGACUGGAAACACCUUGUGUGUUUAAGGUUCCUUUGUUCUUUUUAUUCAGCGUGAUCGUUCACUAUAUCCUCUCCAGUUACAUUAGACGUCCCUCUGGUCCAUGAGUUAUCCCUGGUAAGAUGAUUUGUAGCUGUUGUGGUUUAUAGUAAAUUCUAAUAUUGUUCCUGUAUGAGCAUCUGUCUCAGUAAAGUCUACCCUUCAAAUUAAAAAGCACUGUCUGCUUCUGUAUUGUGAACAAACGUGGCACUUGAUCUCAGAUACUCGGUCUUUGUCACCCAGAUGGAGAAGAACGUAAACAUUUCUUUCAGCGUAGGCUUUUUGUGGCUAAUUGGGAAAGAAUUCACAUUGACUGAGCUGUUUUUGUGCAUUGUAAAGUGUUUCUUUCCCCUGCUGUCAUUUACUGUGAACCCUCCCGGCAUUCGAGUGACGUUAAAGUGUAUGGAACAUUCCAGACAGAUGUGAGGUGGGAUCAUCAUUACCAGAAGUUGUGACUCACAUUUUCUAAAUAUUCCUUAAGCACUAAUAUCAGUUCCGAGUCCAAGGUCAGGCCCUGGGAGUGUUUGCAGUGAGGCGAGGUCUCCCCCUGGUGUUUGCCUCAUCGCUGUCUGCUUCUUCAUGUUUGUAGCCCUGGUGACCGUUCUGUCCAAUAAAACCUGACUAUGUAACCGA